CCUCGCCACACGCCACCGGAACGGAGCGAUUUCCAAUUCUUCCCCCUCGCCCCAACGCCAUCGUCGUGGUACCCGCCUCUCCCUCCCCAUGGCCGCCUCGCCGCCGGAGUCCUCGCGCCUCCGCAUGGGCGACGACAUCGCCUGGUCCGAGAUCAACGGCGUCUACGACCGCGACGACUCCCUCAAGGAGAACACCAACCCCAAGUGCCUCCUCAAGAACCACCCCCACCACAACAACGGCUCCUCGCAGCGGUUCUCCGGCAACCUCAAGCCGACGGCCGCGCCCAUCAUCGGGCUCUCGGGGAAGCUCGGUGGCGCGCGGCGGCAGCACCACUACCCGCCGGCCAUCUUCCCCAAGAAGGCCAAGACCGGCGGCGGCGGGCGCGCGCCCAAGGCGGCCGUCCCGGAGCCCGGGUCCCCCAAGGUCUCCUGCAUCGGGAAGGUCCUCUCCGACCGCGAGCGCGCGCGCCUCGGCCGCCCGCCGAGGACGCGCGGGAGCUCGAGGCCGCCGGGGUGCUGCGGCGGGUUUGGGUUCCUGAUGCGGCGCAGCCGGUCCAGGAACAGCGCCGUGGAGUGCGUCGACCAGUCCCCGCCGCCGCCGUCGUCUUUGCCGCCUCUGGCUGAGGCGGCGAGGCGGAGGGAGACGAAGGAGGUGGAGGAGGAGGAGGACGACGACGAGGUGCCGGCGGUGGCGGUGCCGGGGCUGGGAGGCAUGCGGCGGUUCGCGUCGGGGAGGCGGGCGGCGGGGUGGGCGGCCGAGAUGGAGGACGACGGACGCGUGGCGAGAUCUGGGCCGUUGUAGCGCGUGCCGGGGUAGUUGACGUGGGAAGAAAAUUCAGUGGGACGGUGCGACACAGUUCCUCCCAUGCGGACCCACGUUGGAUGUCUGACGCGUGGAUGUCCCAUCCGACGAUUUCUACGGACUCGACUCCUAGCACUCGGAUGGACGUAGCUCUAUGCAAGGACAAGGCUCACGCGAUGGUUCCCCUUCCCAACGGCUCGGUUCCGUGCGCAAAUGAGUGAUACAGCUCCGUUCUUCUUAAUGGUUGGUGGCGGCCCCUACCAUGCACUGCUGCUCGCUGGCCUCGCGGCACGCCUGCUGCGCACGGCCGCACCGCUCCUCCGCGGCCUCCCGGCUCUCCAGCACCUCCGACAGGAUCGCUGCGCACCGCCCGAUCGCACCGCUCAGGACCUCGUCAUCGUUGGAGCACUCGGAGUCGGAGCUCUCGUCGCCGCCGCCGUGAUCGUCGUCGUCCUCGCGGUGGUGGUGCCCUUGUUCUUGGCGGUAAUGGCCGUGCAUUCCGGGCGCUGGCGGCGUGCUGCUCCCUGUCCCUGGCCGCAGCUCGUCCAGCGACGGUCGCCUCCUCUUCCUCUUCGGUGACUCGGGGUUGAAAUGCGCCGCGCUAUGCCCGUGAUGCCACGUCUCUUGUUCUUGAUUACAUUGACAGAGGGGUGGAAUAAAACAUGCAACAUGCAGCCGGCUGAUCGGAGCAGUGGCGCUCCGCCGGUGCGUUGAAUAAUAUUCAACACCCUGCGAGUUAAAUAGUAUGCAUAUUUUCUAACUAUUCACGGCCAUACCACUGAAUCUGUAUUAUCAUAUCAACUGAUAGCAUUUUGUUUCUGAAAAAAGAUGGCAACUGGUAAUUUACAAUUGUAUCGGAUGCCCGAUGAAGGUGCUUCUUACUA